AUGUAAAGCUCAGAUCCAUAAGAAUAAUAGAAAAUUUAGAAUUUGUCUCAAUUUUUAAUUUCAUUAUAGAAUACUUUAGUAAUGAAUUAUUAUGAAUAGAUUUAUAAAAUGGAUUAAACCCAUUAAAAUGAAGCUAAAAGACUUGAUGAUUAAUUAGUUGAAUUGAAGUCAUUAAAAAAAUAAAUAAAACAUAAAGAAUUAUGA